UACGACGCAGUUUGGGGCUCGGGCGGUUCGAGCACGGUAUAUAGGGAACUUUCAGGAGGACUGUAGUACGGGCAAUAUUUACCUUCGGAUGUUUUUAAAUAAUGGCAUUGGGUGUACUAUGGGCUGUGGGCGUCGGUGAUUGUGUUCUUCUGCUGGUGUAGCUCAAACAGCUGCUGUCUCGUGGAGAUUCCUGGAAGACGAACUGCACGACUUUAAAGGGAUCUGAUGCUGAUAUCGUUGCUGUCUGCAAAAUAUUAAGAUGGUCUCUACAGUGGCAGUCCUGUUCUUUUUCAGCAGGAAAAUGUCCGGUUUUGCUGAAAAUCAGGGCUCUAGUAGACGCUAUUAUACUUGUUUCGUCCCUGGGUGCACUAACACAACUGUUAGCACACCCGACAAGAUUUUUAUUGGGCUUCCUCGCUCAGACAAGUUGAGGAAGCUGUGGAGCAAUGCUGCUCGUCGAGAUGGGCCACUUAUAUCUGCAAGUGGAUCUGCCUGCUGCGAGGACCACUUUACACUGGAGAAAGAUGCAGAAAAUUAUAUGUAUCAGAAGCUGAUGGGUGGCAAGAUCAGGCUUAAGGCAAAAAUUGUGCCUCACAAGUUUGAUUGUCAGAGACGCAGUGUGCAGAACUCUGUGUCUUGCCUGAAUCGCACUGCGCUGAGGAGAAAGAGGAUGCUGGCCGAAGUGUUAUACAACCACCCAGGUCCAGGUGCCUCAGAAUACAAUAAUGAGAGAGAUUCCUGCACUGAAGGAGGAUUGGCGGAGACAGAUCAUGCUGCCAACUCUUCAGCUACCAGUCAACCUGAUGAACGCCCAGGGGGCAGCUCUGCAACUACAUUCCUAGGCCUGGAGGAAAAUAUGCAGCCUGUCUCUGUGGAAAUGCCACCAGCUGAAGGCAUGCCUGUUCCUACGGUCAAAACGUGCGAUCGGGCGGUGCAGACGGGCAGCGUCAACACAGAAGUGGGUGAAGCUGAGCAACACGCUGCCUGCAACCAAUCCACGCAAACUUCUACCAUUGAGCUUUUCGGUGAGGUAGCUGCGCGACCUCUGCUCUUCAAUGAAAAGCCUGUGUUGCCGAGCGUACAGCGACUGCGUGCCAGUUCAUUUAUCGAUGCCGACAAAAGCUCUGACUAUGUGCCCUCUGACUCGGAGGCGGAGUCCUGUGGAUCGGCCGACCCAACAGACGAGACGUUUUUCAAAGUAAUGGCCCGUAAAGUAAUAAGGAACAAUAUUGAAAAACACCCGGCGCGUUACAUUGGAGUACCGGAAGAGCUCUUCGGUAUCAUUUCGCUUCUGGAAAACAGGAUCAGUUUUGCUGACAGGGGCCAAUGCCUUACGAAGAGGGAUGUCAUUUUUAUGAUACUUUACCGUCUCAGACAGGACACUCCUAGCCAUCUACUGGCCGACCAAUUUGGAGUUAGUGCUGCGACGGUGUCCCGGCUGUUGGCUCGUUCUGUGCCGGUUAUUGCCGUCUAUGUGGGUGCUCUGGUAGUCUGGCCGGAUCAGCAGACGAUCCGAGACCGCCUUCCACACGUGUUUUUGGCGAACUUCUCGUCGUGUGAAAGCAUCAUCGAUUGCUUUGAGAUUCAGAUUGAAAAACCAGCGCGCUCUGUGUCGCAAAGCUUGUCCUGGUCAGAGUAUAAAAAAUGUAAUAGUGUCAAGUACGUCAUUUCUGCGACGCCUGACGGAAUGAUAAACUUUAUAUCUAAAGGCAAGCCAGGUCGGGUGUCUGACAUGGAGCUUGUGCGUAGUUCAGGCUACCUGGAAUGCUUGCGCAGAGGCGUGACCGUGCUUGCUGACCGUGGUUUUAAGGAGCUGGCUACUGAGUUGGCCAGGCGUGGGUGUUCGCUAGUUAGACCUCCUAGUGUGCAAAACGGCAAACAGCUGGAUGCAGACGAGGUGGUACGAAUGCGGACAAUCGCGGGUGUGCGGAUCCACAUUGAACGCGUCAUUGCGCGUGUCCGCGUUUUUAAAAUGUUGAGCAUGCACGCCUGUACACCACUGACCAUGAUGGACAUGCUCGACGACAUGGUCAGAAUCGCCUGCGGCCUGGUGAACCUACAGGAUCGCAUCACAAAGAGUUAAGACGUACAUGAUCGCGGAUACGCCGUGUUCCGCGCUGUGCAUGCGCUGUUAUGGAUGUCAGCCCGCUGGUCGGCCGCGCCCAGCUCAUGUGUGUGGUUCCUCGCGCGCCGGCCUUUACCCUGUCACGCGGAUGAUCGAUCGCUCAACAUGUGUGCGACUGUGCAAUAAACAAAGUACAUGUCA